AUGUCGCUGACCAAUUACUACUCCAUGAUGGGGCUGCAGAGCGACGAGCCGUACGCGGCGCACUUCAUCCCGGGAGGCCUGCCGCCGCCGUCCGGCUGCUCCAAGCCGGUCCGGCCGGCGGCGGCGGCGGCGGAGGAGGAGGGGACGCCCGGCGCGCACAUCCCGGACUUCUCACAUUUUUCCAGCAAACCGGGGACGUUAAACGGCUUCUCCCCGUGGACCGGCACCGCCUCCUCCUCAUCCUCAUCCUCCGGUGCCGGUGCCGGUGGCGGCGCCGCGGUACCGGGCCUCUUCCACCCGCUGCUCAGCCACCACCAGCCCUACUACGGCCCGCAGCCGCUCGGACACGCCGACCCGCUCGCCUCCUCCGCCGCCGCCUCCGACGCCAGGUUCGUGCGCUGCUGGGAAGGCGCGGCCCCGGCACCGGAGAGCGCGCUGUCGCAGGUCUCGGCCACCACCUUCCCCGCGUGCAUUCCCGCGCAGAGCGAGCUGCCCGAACCGAGCCCGAGGUUCGACCCGGUGAAGCCCGAGAGCUCGCCGCUGUCCCACGGCAGCCCCGAGGAGUCCGGCUUCUCCAGCCCGGCCGACGUGGUUCUGGAGCGGCUCGGCGCGGUGGACGAGCCCAAGAAGGAGGACGAGGAGCGGAACCGAGCCGCCGCCGCUGCGCCGCAGAAUGAGUCCGAAAACCCGUCGGCCAGCUGGAUCCACGCCAAGUCGACCAGGAAGAAGCGCUGCCCGUACACCAAGCACCAGACGCUGGAGCUGGAGAAGGAGUUCCUGUACAACAUGUACCUGACCCGGGACCGGCGCCUGGAGGUGGCCGGCCUGCUCAACCUGACCGAGAGGCAGGUCAAGAUCUGGUUCCAGAACCGCCGCAUGAAGAUGAAGAAGCUGAUGAUCCGCGAGAGGAGGAGCAUCAACGAGUGA